AUGAGCCAACCACCUGACUGCCCAUUGCGGACACACUGUGAGAAGAAGUCUCCAAGGCUCAUUUACCCAUUUUCUUCUUCACUGAAUAGCCUGGUUGAUUUUAAAAUGGGUGAGGAAAUCAGAAGCAGAAAAGAUAUUGCACUUCCAAGCUUACAAGAGGCCUCGGAUGUGAUUGAGCAUGCAGAAGAACCUUUCCAAGACAACCCACUGCUAGAGAAGCCUUCUAAGACUCCCCAAUCUCGGCCGCAACGUACCUGGAUGACAGUUCUGCGGAAUGAACUGGAAUUCCUGGGGGUAACACAAGUUAUGAUUGCUUUAAUAUGCCUUUAUUUUGGAACAAUCAUCUGCUCUGUAAUCAAGAUUUCAGAACUUGAAAAAGAUAUUUUUUCGUCAUUCAAAGUGGGCUACCCAUUUUGGGGAGCCGUACUUUUUGCUAUAUCUGGAAUUUUGUCAAUUAUUUGUGAAAAGAAAAAUGAACUUUACCUGGUCUGGGGGCGCCUGGGAGCAAAUUCUGUCAGCAUCAUCGGGUCAGGAGCAGGAAUCGUCCUCCUGUGUAUGAACUUAAGGAAGAGCGCAGCUUCUAUUUCUGGUUGCAAGAAAGCUAAACAGAUAGAUUUCUGUUUUCUGGCUUCUUUUUCCACUGAAAUUGUAGCCAUAAUCCUGUGUCUCACCAUUCUGGGUUUUUGCUGUGCUGUGUCACUCACAGUUUAUGGAGUUGGAGACAUGAUCAAAAAAAGUCAGAUUCCAGAAGAUCGUCUAUAUGAAGAAGUAAACAUAUAUUCAUCUAUUUACUGUGAGUUGGAAGACAGAGAGAACAAGCAGCUUACUGAUUCUCCUCCUGAUUCGUAA